AUUUGAGGGGAACUCCAUCAUCAUGUCGGUCGUCUUUGGAGAUGCAGAGAAGGAAUCCGACUAUGGCUACGUCUACAAGGUGUCUGGGCCGCUGGUCAUUGCCGAGAACAUGCAUGGUGCUGCCAUGUACGAAUUGGUGCGCGUAGGUCACGACAAGUUGGUCGGGGAAAUCAUCAAGCUUGAAGGCACCAAUGCCUCCAUCCAAGUGUACGAAGACACCUCUGGUCUGACUGUGGGUGAUCCUGUCGAACGUCGUCGCCAGCCCUUGUCCGUCGAGCUUGGUCCCGGUAUCGUCGACAACAUCUUUGAUGGUAUCCAACGCCCGUUGGAAUCGAUUGCGAAGAUCUCGAACGACGUGUACGUGCCUCGCGGCGUGGACGUGCCGUCGUUGAACCACACCAAGCAAUGGCGCUUCACUCCCAUCAACUUUCGUGAAGGUGACCCCAUUUCCGGCGGUGAUAUCUUCGGGACUGUGCAUGAAAAUGACAUUUUGCACUCUCACAAGAUCAUGUGUCCCCCGAACGUGUUUGGUACCGUUGUCAAAGUGUACGGUGCUGGCACGGAUGGCCACGAAAGCUUUACGCUCAAGGACACGGUGCUCGAAGUGCGCGACGAUACGACCGGUACGACCCACAAGCUCGGGUUGUCGCACUUUUGGCCUGUGCGCAAGCCUCGUCCUGUUGCGGAAAAGUUGGCUGGCAACGUGGCGUUGCAAACUGGACAACGUAUCAUUGACGCGCUCUUCCCGUCCGUGUUGGGUGGGACGUGCGCUGUGCCCGGGGCGUUUGGAUGCGGCAAGACGGUCAUUUCCCAAGCUUUGUCAAAGCACUCCAACUCCGACGCGAUCGUGUACGUCGGGUGCGGCGAACGCGGGAACGAAAUGGCUGAAGUGUUGUGCGACUUCCCCGAGUUGACGAUGACGAUCAACGGCCAGGAAGUGCCCAUCAUGAAGCGCACGACGCUCGUCGCGAACACGAGUAACAUGCCCGUGGCAGCCCGUGAAGCCAGUAUCUACACCGGUAUCACGUUGGCCGAGUACUUCCGCGAUCAAGGCAUGAACGUGAGUAUGAUGGCCGACUCGACGUCGCGCUGGGCCGAAGCUCUUCGUGAAAUCUCGGGUCGUUUGGGUGAAAUGCCUGCUGACAGUGGGUACCCCGCCUACUUGGGUGCGCGUUUGGCGGCUUUUUACGAACGUGCUGGUCGCGUUUCGUGCUUGGGUAGCCCCAAGCGCGAGGGAAGUGUGACUGUGGUGGGUGCUGUGUCGCCGCCCGGUGGCGAUUUUUCGGACCCCGUGACGGCUGCGACGCUCUCGAUUGUGCAAGUAUUUUGGGGCCUCGACAAGAAACUGGCGCAACGCAAGCACUUUCCCAGUGUCAAUUGGUUGAUCUCGUACACCAAGUACAUGCGUGUGUUGGAGCCGUUUUUCAACAAAUUGGACCCCGACUACUCCAACUUGCGUACCAAGUGCCAGGAAAUCCUUCAAAAGGAAGACAACUUGCAAGAAAUCGUCCAACUGGUCGGGAAAGAGUCGCUGUCGGAAGACCAAAAGGUCGUGAUGGAAAUUGCCAAGAUCAUACGCGAAGACUUUUUGCAGCAAAACGCGUUCUCGGACUACGAUUUCACGUGCCCCUUGGUCAAGUCGGUCGGCAUGCUCCGCUCGAUCAUUUUGCUCCACAACCUGUCUCAAAAGGUGAUUGCCGACUCGCCGCCCGAUGCCCGUGUCACGUGGGCGCAAAUCAAGGUGUCGCUGAACCCGGUGAUCCAAAAGAUCAUCCAGUCCAAGUUUCAGUUGCCCAAGCAGCCGGAAGACCAGUUGCGAAAGUUUUUUGCCGGGUUGGACGAAGAAAUCGAAGCUGCGUUUCAGUCGUUGUCGGAUUAAGUAGCAGGCGGACGGUUUUUGGCCGUGGUGCGACUACAACCAAACAUAAUGCAUACAGAUAUUGCAUCCA